UUCUCCAUGAUCCGACAGCGGCAACACUUCACAGGUACCUUCAUGUUACUGUCCAGUAUCCCGACCUACCGCCCAUGCCACUGCCUUAACCCGACACCGACCGAAGCCUCCCUCCCCUCCAGUCACGACGCGUGCGGCCUACACAGACAGUGACCAUCACGACACGCAGAUCACCAAAAUGGCGCCCGACGACAAGCGCAUCUACAGCGCGACGUACAGCAACGUGCCGGUGUACGAGUACAAUGUCAGCGGCAACCACAUCAUGCGCCGGCGCUCCGACGACUGGAUCAACGCGACGCACAUCCUCAAAGUCGCCGACUACGACAAGCCGGCGCGCACGCGUAUCCUGGAGCGCGAGGUGCAGAAGGGCGUGCACGAGAAGGUGCAAGGUGGAUAUGGCAAAUACCAGGGAACAUGGAUCCCUCUGCCCGAUGGUCGCGAGCUGGCGCAGAAGAACGGCGUACUGGACAAGCUACGGCCCAUCUUUGACUACGUGCCUGGCGACAGGAGUCCACCACCCGCCCCCAAGCACGCCACUGCUGCCUCGUCCAAGCCGCGAGCACCACGCACCGCGACCGCCACUGCGCGACGCGCUGCGCCCAAGAAGGUGCCGGAAUCGCCCAUGAAACCGCCGUCGAAGCGCAGCGCCGCCUCUGCUGGCAUGCACGACUAUGACCAGAUGAGCAUGCACGAUGCAGACACACCUGAUGACGUGACGGUCGUAUCCGAGGUUUUCGAAGAUUACGACUCGCAGUAUACGGGAGGUGCUCGCAAACGCCGCAGGGUGGAGGAUCCCAUGUCUCAGGCCGACAAGGAGCACCAGCUGUGGGCAGAUGAGCUGUUCGACUACUUUAUGCUUAUGGACAGUCCAGACCAGCUGCCAGUGGCUCCACUACCGCCCCAAGGCGCGGAUCUCAACCGGCCCAUUGACGACAAGGGACAUACUGCCUUACAUUGGGCUGCCGCUAUGGGCGAUCUCGAAGUGGUCAAGGACCUGAUUCGACGGCAAGCCGCCGUGGACGUGCAGUCGAAAAAUGGAGAGACUCCUCUGAUGCGUGCCGUUCUCUUCACCAACAACUACGACCGCCAGAACAUGGACAAGCUUGCCGGCUUGCUGAUUCGGACCGUGAACAUGCAGGAAUGGUAUGGGCAGACGGUUUUCCACCACAUUGCAAACAUUACGGAACGGAAGGGCAAGUAUCAGUGCGCCCGGUACUACAUGGACUGCAUUCUCAACAAAAUGCCCGAAGUCAUGGGCCCGGACGGCAUAGAACGCGUCCUAGACACGCAAGAUAACAAUGGCGAUACUGCCAUUACUAUCGCAGCACGUAAUGGAGCUCGCAAAUGUGUACGAAGUUUGAUCGGAAGAAAUGCCGCUGUCGGAAUACCCAAUCACAUGGGAGAGACAGCAGACUCGUUGAUUGUGCAACUGAAUCGACGCCGACAAGAGCGGAGUAACAAUCGGCAACUAUCAUCUUCUCCAUUCCAGAAUGAUAGUCGGGGAUCCACUUUUCUCGGCGGUCCAGUGCGACCCCAUGUCAACGGUAUAGGUGAGAGUGCGGCGAUCGACCCCCUGCUAGCUGGCUUUGGUGAAGCCUCACAUUCGUCCAACAGUAGCAACUUCAAGUCGGAAGCCGCCCUCUCUCUCACUUCGGCAAUCAUGCCCGCACUGAAAAGUAAAGCAGAGCAACUCGCAGUGCAUCUCGAGUCGGAGAUUGAAGAGAAGGAGGCCGAAAGGUUCGAGGCUGAGCGAGUGGCUGCAGAACGCACGGUGCAGAUUGAUAUGUUACAUCAACAAUUAGAUGAGCUGACUGCCAAAGAUCUCGAGCAGCGUGACGACGAUGCCGAAGACGACGAUGCGCUAUCGCGGAAGCUGGAAGCACUGAUGCAAGAAUACGAGGCUUUGAUGCAAGAAGACGAAGACGCCGAACUCAAACAAAUCCUCAGCCAGGAAGAGCAGACCCAGUCAGACUCACCUCCUGACGACAUGCUACUUGACGAAGAAGAUGAGCAGGUGACGCAGAAAUUACCGCUUGUGCAGGAGCUUCAUGAACUCGUGGAGCAGCGCAAGAUUCUUUUUACGGCGAUUGUGCAAGCACUCUCCAAUGCUGGCAUGAAUGAUAAGCAGACGGACUACAAGCGGCUGAUUACCGGAGCGUUGGAUGUCCGAGAAGAAGACGUCGAAGGCAUGCUACCAGAGAUUGUGGCAGAGCUCGAGGACUGGCAGCUUGGCGUUGCUUAAGGGACGCGAAUAUGGACGAUCGAAUCCUCAUGUACCGUAGACGUGCGGAGUGGAAAUGCUCAUGCACCUUGAAUGACCCAUGAGCAUGCACGGGCACCCACAAUUUACGGUGAAGGGGAUGUCAGGAAGGCUUUCUUGAGCUGUUCGUAUCCGUCGCUGUGCAAGAUGGAAUUACAUACUCACCAAUUGCUGCUGCAAUAGCUCUGCGUGGGGCAUUGGGCAGCCUUGUGCUCGAGAACUCACCGUGUCAAUCGCCCACGCUCGGUUGCGAGUACUGUUUAUUCGGUGAUGCACGCGAUGGGGAUACCUCUCUCUCGCGCGCGCGCAAGGUUACAAUAAAAGCUCCUGACGCCCUUCGAAAGGCGAUCUGUGCUUAUCGACCCCGCUGCAGUUAUCUAGGUCGGGUCAAAGCUGAACCCUCCAUAAAUUUGCAUUCGUCGAGAACGGAGCAACCUACCAGAGCAUGGGAG